ACAUACAUCAGCAUUACGCGAGCGAUUGUCCGGUGAUGUAAUUCAGAGAAUGCGCUGACACUGAUUGUUACUACACAUUAUGACUUCGUGCAGUAUCAUAAGGUACGUCAAGACAUUCGCCGCUCGGGUCUGCCGCGCGAAUUAAUUAAGGACCGUAAAUUAUUCACCGCGGGUCGCCAUGUGCUCGCGAUUGUGCGCGACGCUGCUCUCGAUAUUAAUCUUGCCUGGGACACGCGCGAUUCAAACGUUCGAUGGGGAUACUUUGCCGCCGAAUAUGUCGGAAAGGCUCGACGAUUAUUGGCACACCUAUAAGACGCAGUUUAAUAAGACGUACGCAAGAAACCUGGAAAACGCGAAGCGAGCGGCUUGGGAGCAGAAUCUCGUGGAAAUUUAUAAACACAAUCUACUGGCCGCCGCUGGACAUCACAGUUACACACUGCGGGAUAAUCACAUUGCCGAUCUCACCACUCGACAGUAUAUGCGCGAAAUGGUGAAACUGAUACCAAGUCGAAGGCGUCGACUGCCGACCGAGCCGAUAGUAUCGGCGGUUCUGAAAAAUCCCCGCGACACACCAGCACGUCUGGAUUGGCGCGAACACGGUUUUAUCACUUCGCCCGUGAACCAACGGAGCUGCGGGAGUUGUUACGCUUACUCGAUCGCGGAAAGUAUAGAGGGACAGAUUUUUAAGCGGACCGGCAUGCUACUACCCUUGAGCGCACAACAGCUGGUGGAUUGCAGCACGGCGACUGGGAACCUCGGCUGCACCGGCGGUUCCCUGAGGAACACUUUGAAAUAUUUGGAAAAGUCGAAAGGUCUCAUGGCUAAAUCCGCGUAUCCCUACUACGGCGAGCAAAGGGAGUGCAGAUUUAAGAGGGACCAGAGUGUCGUCAAUAUAACUUCAUGGGCAAUUCUACCGGCGCGGGAUGAGAAGGCUCUCGAAGUAGCAGUGGCGACGAUCGGGCCCAUAGCCGCCUCCAUAAAUGCCAGCCCGAAGACAUUCCAGCUUUAUCACAAAGGCGUUUACGACGACCACCAGUGCAGCUCGGACAUAGUGAAUCACGCGAUGCUCAUCGUCGGAUACACACCGACCGAGUGGAUUCUGAAGAAUUGGUGGGGCGACAAUUGGGGUGAAAAUGGCUACAUGCGACUGGCGAGAGACAAAAAUCGUUGCGGCGUAGCUAACUACGCGGCUUACGUGAGAGUUUGACAUUCGUAGAAAAGUAUUAACUUUUACAUUCGAAAGAAAUUUCGAUAAAUUUAUACGUAUUUGUGGCGAUUAGCCAUCAAAGUGGAUAAACAUUAUUUUCCUAGAUAUUUUCUACCUCCUAUCCUCUUCUUACGUGCGUGAACUCGGAAUGAAAAAAAGAAAUGCUAAAAUUGUAAAUAAGUAGCAAGUUCAAUGAUUCCCGUUGCAUUUCUACCAAUCUACCAGCGUUACAGGAUCAAAGAUUGCGUGUAUUCAAACGAUUAAACUUCGGGCAAUUACUAAGGAUCGCCGAACAUUUAUUACAUAACAGCCACUGACCGCAGGACGGACGCUCGAGAGAAUGCCAGAUACCAGACUUCCGUAACCACACAGGGUCCCGGGGAAAUUUAAUCGAACCGUACAACCGCGGCACGAUAGGAACGUGGAGACUUUACCCGAUCGAAAAUUCUGUCCGAAGACGAAGUACACGGCUAACCGGGACAUAUCGCCAUGGCAUUUCCGUAAGAGACAGAGGCAGAGAGAGAGAGAGAGACGGUGAGAGAGAAAGCGGGAUAAGCAGAAGGAGAGGACGAACCAAUGUAUCCGUAGAUAGGUAGAACUCGAUAGGCGCUAACCGCGUGACGCAAUGUCAGGCGAAACCAUUACGUAACCGCGCAGUGACAUAAAUCCAGGGACGCAUCCUGCAAAUGAUUUGUGUACGCGCGAUUCUGACACCAGAAAUAAAAACGGAGCUCGCUCGAUCGAGGUCGAGAUAGCAGUCGCAUCUUUUUCACGGAAUUAAUGUCAGAUUUAAUAAUUUACCGAAUAAGAAAACGAUAAAUCUCAGCAAUUCUUACUCUGGGAUUACCGGUGAGAGCGCGAAAUCUAUUGAGGAGAGAUGUUCGUUUUUUACCUUCAAAAAUUUAUGUAUCAUACGUAUGUUGAGGUAUUUGAGCAUUUUGUGUUCGCACUUUUGUGACGAUAUAUUUAUUAUAUUUAAAAAAAUAAUAUUUAGAAUAUUUCACUAAAGCUCAAACUCACGAAGCGACCUUUGUAUCCGUGAAAAGCACAUCUACGAAAACUCUGACGACUCGUCAUCGCUCGUUCCCUAAGUUUCCGCGAUUAAACGCGCGAAAUAAUAGCGCGUCCCGGCAGAUAAAAGCUCUACUCGUGCGAUUGCACGUCACCCAACACGACGACGCAACGACGAGAAAGAAUCCUGAGAAGCAAUAUGUUCGGAAUGCAUUGUCGCGGCUUCUGCAGCCCUCGCCCUGAUUUUCCGAUAUCAAAUGCGGCCCCGAGACCACGCAAAUUCCAUCUCUAUAUUCGGAGGUCGGCCACGACUCAUUGUUCGUCGCGGAUGACAACGCGCACAAUCCGUCCAAGCGACAGCGCAUCCUCAAUUGUUACCCGGCAACAUCUCUAUCUAUUUCCCAUAUGUUGAAUGACAUCGCGACGUAUCCCGCCGUGCCUCAUCUUACCAACCUGCGCCUGCUGCUAUUGGCGGUUGGAUGCAAACUGGUAUCGCAAGCUCGCUUCUAACUCGAGACACCAUUAAUCUU